AUGGUCUCGUCAAGAAAGCGCGCCUUGCGCGACGUCGAACCCGAUGCCGACACGCACGAGACUCCUAAACAGGAGGCCCCUAAAGAGUUAUCCUUACUUCAGCGCAUCAGGAACACCUGGCAAUUUGCCAAUCUGUUCCAGUGGAUCUACUUAUUCGGCAAGGUAGUCAAGAUCGACGAUAGUAUCGAUAUAGACGAUCUGGAAACCGAGUGCCUAAAGCCUCGCUCGGCCGUUCUGGUCAAUAUCGGUCUUGCCCUUCUCAAAUUCGUAUCGUCGCAUCGUGGUUUGACCGCGGAUCUCUUCGACGAGUACACACGCCGUCAAUAUGUUGCGAAGGCACCCGAUCGAAACCCAUUCGGCACCGCCGAGACGCCUGCCAAGUUCGAUGACUUUGACGUCUUCACAAAGCUCAAAGUACUACAACAGCUAACCCAAUGGGUUAUGUUGCAUCCUGAACGCAUCCGAGAGAAAAUGGAUGAGCAGAAACCCAGUGACCAAACUGAAUGGAGAAUAGAGCCCUCUGGCUGGGACAGCGAUGAUCGCACUUACUAUAUUCUAGAUGAUAACCGGAUAUACCGUAUGACAGAAGCUCCGCCCACUCCCGCGCCAUGGAAACCAAAGAAGAAUACCAAGAAGGCCAAAGCUGCAGCCAGGGCCGCCAAAAGGCGUCGCGUUUCAAGAUCUGCUGCGCAGAACGGCUCGGACGCUGAUGACGGCUCUGCCUCAGACGCCGACCAACCUGCCGAACCAGAGGACGAUGGUCUCGGCAAUGUAAAGUGGGAGUGUAUUGCGACAAACCUUGCCGAGGUGCAAGAAUUCCUUGGCACCAUUCGGAAGACUCGAGAUGAGAAUGAGAAGAUCUUAAGGAGUACUAUUGAGAACCAUCUGCUACCCAUUCUAGAAAAGCAGGAGGAAUCCCGAAAAAGGAAAGCCCUGCAGAGAGAGAAAGAACUUCUCAACCUAGAAAAGAUGGCACACGCCAAACGAUCUAGCCGUCUUGCUAACAAGGCCGAGCAACAACGACUAGAUCAGUUAGCGAAGGAAGACGAGCAGAAACGCCGCGCCGAAGAGGCCGCGGCUCAUAAGGAGGAACAUAAACGAAUGAAGAUGGAGAAAGAGCGCGACAACCGUAUGAUGUCUCGAGCACAGCGACUUAAGGAGCGAGACAUUCGUCGGCGGCAGCACGAAGACGAACUAGCUCAGUUAUCCGAGGAUAGCAAGAAUCUCAGCACAGGGACUGGUCGAUUGUCCGAAAGGCGGCUAAAAGCGGAAAUCGAGAAGAACAAGCAAGCCCUGCAAGAGCUUGAGGAAGAGGAUGAUUGGAUCUUCGAUUGUAUCUGCGGCGUCUACGGCCAGGUCGAUGAUGGCACACACAGUAUCGCUUGCGAGACAUGCAACAUCUGGCAACACAGCAAAUGUGUAGGUAUCAGCGAGGAAGAAGCAGAUCGCGAUGAUUUCCAUUUUAUAUGCAAGAGCUGCCGCCAAAAGAGUUUGCUACGUGCGACAACACCAAAGUCACCGGUCAUUAAACUCAAGGUCAAUCAGACCAAUGCUUCAUCAUCUCCUGUGAAGUCGGACGACUCGCCUGCUCCUGAACAAGCUCAACUUGCUCGACGUUCUGGGAUUGUGGUUGAACUACCUAAUAACAGCACACAACUGUCACGCCCUGCCAAUGACUCCCAACCUGAAUCAACUACUCAGCCAGUAAUCCCCAUAAAACAAGCCGGCCAACCAAGCGCCCCUCUACCAUCUUCGCCAUUUACCAAUGGCGACGGGGCUAAUCCAUUCUCUUCGCCGCACCCGAAUCUAUCACCCCCCGAGCAGUCGCCCAAUAAAGCUAGGGCCUAUUCAACUAUGUUCAACCCAUCAUCCUCCCCGAUACCAAAAAGCCGUUCAGGGGACAUCAAAGUGCCACAGAAGGGUGUGUUCCACGUAUCACCGAAGGUCAAUGGCUCUGCACAACCGACACCGUCAAGUAGCCUCCCGCCCCAUGCAGAUGCUUACGUACCUCCAGUCGCUGCUAGGUCCGAUUCACCCUUGAAGCAGCCCUUUGAUGCCGCCAGCCAUAGCUUGCCAGUUCUUUCCCCACCGACAGUGUCAUUUUCUGCCGCAGCACGGCCGCCUAGCAGUGAUGCCAGUACUCAGCAUGCGGCACUUACCACUCCGCAACUCAAUAAACAAGGAGUAAGGCUUGACAUAACACCCAGUCUCCCACCCACCCAAAACGGCCUCUCGCCCCUGAAGCGCUCGCCGCCGCCGAACCAACGCUCUGGUGGUGGUCCAUCUUCAACGCCGGCACCUGCAAUUCUACCACCAGUGACGGCACUAUCACCUUCACCUGCGCAGCAAAUUCUGACGCCACCAGUCAAACCUGCUGAUCCCGCGCGAUCAACAUCACAUAAUUCCAGCGGUAUCAGCGGGGGCGGAUGA